AUGGACCUACAGGUAAGGAAAGGUUUCUUCUAAGCAGACGAAGUCUUCAAUUUUUGGACUUGGCUGGAGAACUGUGUCUUCCUUCAGUUUCCUUAUAAACUAACCACCUCUCUGUCUUAACAGCCUGCGUUUAAACUUAUCCCAGGGCUUUCAUCGUCUUACAGUUUCUUCCGUGGCAUGGCUAUAAGUAUGAGGGCCAACAACGAACGCUUUCAAGAACUCGCCCAGAGAGUUACAUUUCUGGAGGACUUUGUUCUCAAAAUCCAAGCUAACGGUCUUGAUCGGAAAUCACACUCUGUGAAGAAUGCUCUGGAAGAUCUCAGCAGAACUCUGGAGAACACCAGAAGGUGGAUGAGGAAAUAUUCCAAAUUCAGCAGGAUGAAGAAAGUUCUGAAGUGUGCAAAAUAUGCGGACAGGAUCAACUAUUUUGAAAGAAAGCUUUCCGAUUGCUUUAUGUUCCUUUCCGGUAAUGUUAUGUCCACAUUGGGGAAUGAGAUGGUGUAA